AUGUCGAUGGAACAGUUGAUGGCGCUGGUGCCUCUCGAGGCCGCGCUAGCUGGCAAGGAAAAGGGCGGGCGAAAGUCGCGAUGGGAGCGGCCGAAACCGAAGAAAAAAGGCGUUUCCAAGUGGGGGGCGCCUGAAGACAAAGAAUUCCUCCCGCCGCCGUACGUCGACCUCCCCGUCGGGAUGACGGCGCCCCAGAUGGACCGCUUUCUGCGUGAGCAGCGCUUCGACGAUUUACAGAGGAAACUCGCAAAUGGAGAAUUCGAGUUCGGGGAUCCUGACAUUCGGCCUCCCUCUCCCCCACCAGUUUACGACCGAAACGGCAGCCGUAUCAACACGCGAGAAGUCAGAGUGCGGAGUGCCAUGGUGGCGGAGCAGCAGCGACUGACGGAGUUUAUGGUAAAGCACUUGCCGGGAUUCGUUCCGCCCCCGGAUUGGAAGCCUUCGAAGAAAGUUCGGAGAAUCGAAAUUCCUCUCGACAAGUAUCCCGACUAUAACUUCAUGGGAAUCAUCAUCGGGCCUCGAGGCUGCAACCACAAACGCCUGGAGGCUGAGAGCGGCACGACGAUUUCAGUCAGAGGACGCGGAACUCAGAAAGAAGGGAAACGCGAUCAUCAGACCGAAGAGGAGGCGUCGAUGCCGAUGCAUGUCCACAUUUGCGGAGACACUGAAGAAGCCGUCGAGAAAGCGCUGGCCCUGAUCGAACCGCUCCUGGACCCGCUCCACCCUGCGCAUGAAGAGUUCAAGAAACGCGGCCUCGAACAACUCGCCUUGGUCAACGGCGUCAACUACUCGGAUCUGGAACAACGCCGAUGCCCCAUCUGCCAGGGCACAGGCCACACCGCACAAGAAUGCCCAGACGCGCAAGAGCUCCAACCAUUCAAGAAGCCCGAAGUGCGCUGCGCGUUGUGUGGCGACUUUGGCCACGUCACCAUGGACUGCAAACUGCGACAGAACGGGCCGGCUGGCGCGGGCGCGCCGCCGCCGCCUCCCCCGCCUGCAGCGGGUCGCAGUCGGGAAGAGCAAAUGAAGAUGGAUGCGGAAUAUCGCAAAAUGAUGAGCGAGUUGACGGGGGAGUCGACGCUGGACGGUUUGGACGAGCCGAGUUUGUCGGGGAGUCCCGAGCAGCCUUCGACCUUCCGCGCGUCGCCUUACGCCUCGACGACGCCCGCGCCAAACGCGACGCCUCCACCGGGCGUCUCUCCGUCGUUCGACCGCAGAUCCUCGCCGUCGCCCUACGCGGCUUACGGCCGCCGCGGGGGACGCAUGGGCGGGCCUGUCCCCCCGCCACCGCCCCUGCCCGGCAGGCCUGCAGAGUGUUUCCCUGGGGGCUUCGCCUGCGGCUCCGGCGCACCCCUGCGAGGCCGACCUGGGCUGGGGUACCCUGGCCGCGGGCGCGGGUUCGGCAGAGAUGAAGACGAGAGGAACGCGUUCAUGCGCCGAGGAGGCGACUUCGCGUGGAGAGACGGUCCAGCAGGCGAUCGCGACGGCGAGUUCGGGCCCGACGCGCGCGCCUGGGGCCGAGGCGGCGACAUGCCGGGGCCCGCCAGAGGACGCCCGCCCUUCCCCGAGAUCAUGAUGCCGCCCAUGGGAAUGCCGGGCAUGCCUUGGGGCGCAGUGCCGCCAGGAGGCAUGAUGGGCCAUCCGAUCGGUCCUCCAUCGGGGCCUGACGGAGGGGGGGCCGGCGGCCCAGGAGGCAGUCGAAUGGGAGGCGCGACAUCCGCCAGCGCGCCGAACGCGUGGUCCCAACCCCCCUUCGCUAGCCCCUUCGCGCCAGGGUGGGGCGCGGGACCGCAGGCGGGCGGGGCGAGCGACGGGGGAGGCGCAGCGCCGGCUCAGCCCCAGCAACCCUUCGGAGGCCCCGCGGGUUUCCUUAACCCCUGGGGGUACGCGCAGGCCGGCCUAAGUCAGCCAGGCUCACACGGCGUCUCGGGGACAGGCCUCGCACUCCCCACGGCGCCUGCGGGGGCCCCGCCGCCUGCACCAGAUGCGGACGACGGAGGCUUCGACAAGAACGACGACGACAAUAUGGACAUGAACGACUAG